AUGUGCGACCAGAACGUGGGGCCACAGCGACGCCUGGUGGCAGCAGGCACGCACUACAACGAGAAGGUGCGUCGGCGCCUGGGACAGCCCGUGGGCAGGUUCCGAGUAGAGCUCAAGAGCCCAUGCUCCUUAGACCCAGGGAAAGUGAUGUGUUUCCAUGAUGUCCUACACGCAGGGAAACUGAGGCUGGGGCACAGCCCUGGCGCUCGUGGCUGUCUGGGACCCAAGGGAGCAGCACGCGCGGGUGGCAUGGCCGGGUCGGGGCCGGAGCCGCAGCCGGAGCCCGGGUGCGCGUGGCGGGCGCUGGCCCUAUGCGGGGCUGCGGUGUUCCUGGCGGCCGCGGCGGCCGGGGGUGCCCUGCUGGCCUGGAACCUGGCGGCCUCCACCUCCCGGGGCUCCCGCUGCCCGGAGCCCGCGCCCUCGGCCAACACCACUAGUACCCCGGCGCCGCCCCGGGACCCCGCGCUCUCCCCCGGGAACGCCCAGGACGAGCUGCGGCGACGGCUGGAGGAGCUGACCCGAGAGCUGGAAGAGGCCCAAGGGGCGCGCCAAGAGCUCCAGGGGCUACUCAGGGCCUGUGAAAGCCGCCAGAAUCAGCUGGAGACCCAGCUCAUGAUGCUGAAGGCAGAGAGGGACGAGGCCAAGGCGCAGGGGACCCAGAUGAGUGCUGAGAAUGGGGCCCUGACAGAAGCCCUGGCACGCUGGGAGGCGGCGGCCACUGAGUCUGCGCAGCACCUGGAGGAGGCGCAGCAACGCGCACACAAGGCUGAAGCCGAGGGCGGAGCCUGCGCAGCCCGGGAGGCGACGCUGCGCGAGCGAGUUGACGCUCUGGAGGCCGAGAUGGACCCUCGACGGAAAGGGUCGCGCCCCCGACCCCGACCCCGGCCCAGCCCGCGGACCCAGCCCAGCACCCGCUCGAGCUCCAGCUCCGGGACAUCCAAGGGCUGCCGGCGACCUCGCCACGCUGGAUAA